AGUAUGAGAAAAUUUUUGAGCAAUUAAACACACUUGAAGAUAUUAGAAAAGCAGCCAAUAAUAAUAGAAACUUAAAAAAGGCAAUUCAAAAUAGUAUUACUGAUAUUAAAGAUCUUUUAUGUAAGCGAACUAAGCAACUUGUUUUAAAUGAAAAUCUAUUUAAAUGCUAUGAUCCUGUUUUAGAUAUAGAUAUAGAUGAAUUGUUUCAGGAAAUAAAGUGUAUUGAUAAUACACUUCAAGUUAAUGAAACUACCUGGGCAAGUUUAAAAAAACAUAAUAAAUUAAUGGAAUUUUUAAGAUCGCAUUGUCAACAAAGAAUAUAUUCAUUUCAGCCAAGUUGCGAUUUGUGCAAGCCAGUUAAAAUGCUGAUUGAAGAGUUUAAUUCAUUAAAUUUUUUAUCUGACCCUAUACUAUCAACAGAUGAAGAACAAGAACGUGGUUCUAAUGGUCUAUAUACAUAUAAGAAAAUUCGUGGGUGGGUAGAAUGUACAGCAUGUGGAAAAUGGCGUUGUCUUUAUAGUCAAUAUUUAUUAAGUGAAGAAGAAGAAUUGCAAUGGCAAACAGCUCUUCAAAAUAAUCUAUAUACUUGUGGUGGACCUAUCUUAGCAGAAGACCAUCUAUUAUAUAAUAUUCUUUUUGUUCGUGAACAUAUUUCUUGUAACUCACCAAUUGAAACAAAUUAUUAUGCCUGUGAAAAUGGUGAUAAAACACAACUUUGUUAUUGGUGUGGAACUGAAGACGACUUAUCUGAUAUACCAAGUUCGUUAACUGACCAAUAUAAAAUAGUUUAUCCAUGUUGUAAUACAUGUAAAGAAUUAGGAAAAGAUUAUUUUACUCGUUUAGAGAUUAAAGUCGGCAAAAACU